GAGGGGGGAAGUUCGUUCCCGUGUGGGCCAGCUACUAAGAGGGGAGACUUACACGUACCGAUGGUUUCUUGAAUUCCCAUUUACACUUCUAUAAGGAUAAUUAGAGGAAUCGUAUCUUGAUGACUUGAUUGGAGUUAUCCAAUAUCUACCACAGCCAUUGCCAAACCACCUCCGAGCUUACAACUGCAACUUUUGCACGACGGCUGGUUUAUAUGCCAUGGAGAGAAGUUGACUGCAAGUCUAUUCGAUCCGGACCUGCAUGGCUAGCCCUUACUAAGGUAUCACCAAGCGGGGAACUAAACUAUUUUAUGUUGAGAUCAACAGCCAGAUCUCCAACUGUUGCGGGGAUGAUUGAAAAGUGCUGAGGGGCACUUGACCAAGUUAUCGCGGCAUCCUAUGGAAGUUGCUUGAGUGAGCAUUCAACAGCUGGCCUGGUAUGAGUAUAUAAGUAUAGCUCAAUUGCCUCUCAAUUUAUUGCUACACCCAUAAAAACACAAUUUCCAUCCUCACUUAUAUCCUAAGAUACAGCAUUUACUUACCUCAUUGACUCAGUCAAUAUGUCUUCCAAAAAGCUUCAUCGCAAUCCUCCUUUCCGAGCAGAACAUCUCGGUUCUCUACUUCGUCCAGAACAACUCCUAUCCAUCAAACAUGCUCUCGACAAUGGAAAAACUAAUGUUACCAAAGAAGAUUUGACAAAAGUGGAAGAUGUGUCUAUCAAUGAAAUUGUUCAAGCACAGCUAGACUUGGGCUUUCACGCUGUAACAGAUGGAGAAUAUCGUCGUCAUAUGUUCUGGGGGACCUUCUUCCCCGGCCUCCAAGGAUUCGAAGAAAUCCAAAACCCCCCUCUCGAAUCCUUCCGCCGCUAUGUCCCGGACAUCGACGCCUUUCUGGAAGAAGGCCACAAACCCGGUGAAUCCGUCUACUGCACCGGCAAAAUAAAACACAUCGGAAGCACCUACCUCUCUCAAUGGAACUAUCUCAAGAACCUCCUCCCAGCCGACAAAAUCAAAGAAGCAAAAAUCACCCUCGCAGCUCCAAAUUGGUACCACCUCCGCUACAAGACCGGACACGCAUACCCCCAGGAAAUCUACCCCUCCGACACCGAAUACUUCGCCGACAUAGCCAGCGCCUACCGCAAAGAGCUCGAAAUCCUCUACGCAGCCGGCCUCCGAAACAUCCAAAUCGACGAUCCGAACCUCGCCUACUUCUGUUCCGAGAAAAUGCUCGCGGGAUUCAGACAAGACGGCGAAGAUUCAGACGCCCUCUUCGACUCAUACAUCCAGCUCUACAACGAUUGUUUGCGCCAUCGCCCCGCAGACAUGCACGUGGGCAUCCAUCUCUGCCGCGGCAAUUUCGUCAACGGGAGACAUUUCUCCGAAGGCGGAUAUGACGUUAUCGCGACCAAACUCUUCCAAGAUCUCAACGUCGACACAUACUAUCUCGAAUACGACACUGCGCGCGCAGGAGGGUUCGAGCCUCUCGCUUCGCUGCCCAGGAACAAAAACGUCGUGUUGGGAUUGAUCACGAGCAAGUUCCCCACGAUGGAGAGGGUGGAGGUAUUGAAAGAGCGGGUUUUCCAAGCGGCGGAGAAGAUUGCAGAAGGGAAUCGAGAGACCAGGGAAGAAGCGCUGGAGAGGAUAGGCGUGAGUCCGCAGUGUGGAUUUGCGAGUCAUUCGGAUGGGAAUAAUAUGGAGAGGGGGGAUAUGGUGGAGAAGUUGAAGUUGGUGAGGCAAUUGGCCGAGGAGAUUUGGCCGGGGGAACCAUGAGGUGGGUUGAAAGUUUUGGAGAAGUAUGUGAUGAUGGGAUGGGAUGGGAGGAUGGAAUUGCAUGUAUAUAGAAUGAAUGAUAGGUGUAUAUAUGAUAUGCGGUUUUGGCUCUUGGGAUGAGAAUCAAUGUCUCCGAGUACCAAUACAUAGGUAUUUACUACUUCAAUGUUGUGCA